AUGUACCUACAACAACAUCAACGACGACAAAACAACUUACCAUUAUCAUCAUAUUCAAUUCCGAAUAGUAUACAACUUGGUCAACAAUAUCAAUAUGGUUAUCAACAGCAACCUAUGGUUUAUCAACCAUAUGGUUUUGAUUCAUAUAAUAUGCCAUUAAAUUGGCAAGUUCAAAAUAACUGGAUGGGAGGUACAGGAAGUUGGAUAAAUGGGCAACAACAAAUGCCGUUACAAUCACCACCAUUCUAUUAUCCUAUUGAUAAUACCAAGUUGACUACUGUGGUUCCUCCUUUUUUGAACCAAGUACAAUAUGAAGAUGAUUUAGUGAUACCCUCAAAAAGACGUGGUAUUCUGAAAAUAAGGAAAGAACCGACACAACGUCGGUUAGUUCAUUUUAUGCCAGAAAAUUGGCAAAAAAAGACCAAACCUGAUAAUCGUGGUUAUAAACCAGGUCAGAUGGAUAAUAAAGGUCAAAAACAAAAAACAAAAAAAUCACCUGAAAAAGCUCAUCUUGACACACUCCGUAGAAGAGCACGGCGUCAAAAACAACGAGCAGUUUUACUUGAAAAAAGUAACGAAUUAGGUUGUUUCAACGGUAAUAAUCGUUUUAGUCUUCUAUCUGAAAUAGAUGAUGACAACAAUAAUGAAUAUACAACCGGUAAUUCAGAGGCUGAUAAUCAAACUGAAGCCAUGAAAAAUAAACAGAAAAACUUGUCUAAAAAACAAAAAAGACAAGCUAGAACAACAACAGAAGUUCAAGUAAUUGAUGAACAUGUUGUUAAUAAUAAUAUAAAGACGCGAGGAAAGACGCGAGGAAAUCACCAGCGUCAAAUAAAUUUUUCUGAUUCUGAAAAAGAAGAGGAAAAUGAUAAUGUAAAAUCACCUUCUUUAAAUAAAGAUAAACGAAAAUGUAAAAGUUAUUUACAAGCUUUUAAAAUUCUCGCUUAUCUAAAAGAUCGUGUGAAUAAAGAUAAUAAAAUAAAACUCGACAUUAAAGAUGUUUUCAAUGAAGUAUGUGAAUAUGCAAAAAAUACCAUUGAAACAUAUGAUACUUGGGUACAUAAUCAUUAUGAAGCUCAGGUCUGGCAACAUAUCUAUGAUUUGGGUAAAGAAAAAGAUCAUUGGGCUAAAGAAAUAGUAAAUAUAACACAUACACGGGAGGCUAAAAUAAAUGUGUCAAUGUGUGAAAAGAAAUUAGCACAAUUGACAACGACAUGUUUCGACGCUAAUAAUAUAAUUACACGAAAUAUGCGAGAACUUUCAUCUAAAACAGCCACUGUUGCUACACAACGAGUACAUGAUCUUAUACUCGAUUAUAUUAAAGAGGCUACACAAGGUUUAGCUAAAAUGAGCAUUAAUAGAAUUCGUCGUGCUUCGAUUGAAAAAGACGAAUGGGAUGCUCUAAAAACAUUUGAAAAUGUUGCAUCAGAACAACAGAAAAUGUAUGCUAAAACCUUUUGUAAAUCAACAUUAGUUAACUACCAUAAGAAAAAGAAAAAUUUUGAAUUGGUAGCUGCACAUAUAUCAAAUGAUAUAGUACCGAAAAUCUUACCACAUUAUGACUUUAAUCUUCCUGUGGACGAAAAUUCACUAACAAGUGAACAGACCCAGGAAUAUAGAAAAAGCAUACAUAAUUUAUCAAAAGAUUUUCGUCUUAAAGCAACAGAACUCUAUCUAAAAAUUGUCAAAGAAGAAUUUGAAUUUCAAAAAGAAAGAUUACAAAAUCUUAUUGAUGAUUUUCCACAAGAUAGAUAUGAAGUACCAUCAACACAAAUUGAUACAAAUAUUGUUGUUGAUGAUGAUGAUGAUGAUGAUGACGAAGAACCUUUAGAUAAUAGAGUUUUUACUCAAAAACCAUUAUCACAACAACGACAAGAUACUAUAAAUAAUGAAAAAGGUUCUGAAUUAUUUAAAAAAUAUAUUGUAAUUGCACAUAAAAGAGCUCAAUUAGAAAUUGAAAGAGAAGUGCAUUUUUUAUCCGAACGAGGCGUCCAAGAGACGCCAGUCGAGACACAAGAGUCAAAAGAUCUAAAUCCAAGAGAAGAGGCCCUUCUUAAACUUGGCCCUCCAUAUAUUCCUAAUAACCCUCAUCUCGCUCAUAAACGUAUGAAUAAUGAGAUAGAAGUGGUUGUAAAGAAAAUAAAUAAAAUCUUUAGUGAACAUGGUUGGGUAUUACCUAAAGAACGAGUAGUGAUCUUCAUGGAUUCACUCGAAAAGAUCUUGACUGAUUGUCAUGAAAGAUACCCUCCAGCUGUUCAAAUAAAAGAAAUUAAUAUUUUAAAGAAAAAAUUUGAAGCUACACAAACAGUCAUCAGAAAAACAGAUAAAUCAAAAGUUUUCCAUAUUGGUAAACUUGAUGACUAUAAAGUGAAGGCUCAAGCACAUAUGAAUAAGACUAAAGCAUAUCAAGAUUUGGGUACAACAAAUCCACUUGAAUCUUUAGUUGAACGUACAAAUAGUUUUCUUUAUGGUUUAUGGUUUAAUAAACAUAUUUCUCAAAGGCAAUAUGAGAAAUUAAAGGUAAAUAGAGAAGAGGCUGAACUAGCCCAUCUUUAUUUUUUACCAAAAGCACAUAAACCAGGAACACCCUUAAGACCUAUAAUGUCUGGUCUGAAAUCUCCAACUAUAGAAAUCUCUAGAUGGUUGGACAGUUUAUUAAGACCAUUGUUCGAUCGUCUAGCCAUAAAUACGACCGUCAAAAAUGGUCUUCAACUAAUUCAACAAGUUGAAAAAUGGUCAGCUACUUAUCUGACACCAGCCACAUUAUUUGUAACAAUGGAUGUUACUGAUUUAUAUACAAUGAUUCCACAAGAAGGUGGAGUAACAGCCGUAAAAAAACUAAUGGAGGCAUCUGGUUUAAAACAAAUCGAUGGUGUUAAAAAAGAGAUUAUAUUAGCUCUUACCAGAUUUGUUAUAACUAAUAAUUAUUUCUAUCUUGAGGGGUCAUAUUAUAAACAAAUAAAAGGUGGAGCUAUGGGUUCACCCUUGACCCUCACUAUAGCUAAUGCAUACAUGUACUUUGUUGAACGUCCCAUUUCAAAAUGGGCCAACAAAACAUGUUCAUUAUACUUUCGAUACAUUGAUGAUUUAUUCAUAAUGUCAAAUGUACAUGCAGAUAUAUUAAAAGGUCUUGUAAAUUUCUGGAAUAGAAUCGAUAAGAAUAUCGAGUUUUCAGAAUCUAUUGGACAAACUGCAGAGUACCUUGACGUAAGAUUGAUGAUUAGUGAAGGGAAAUUGAUGUCUGAGGUUUUUCAUAAACCCUCACAUGAACCAUAUUUUCUUCCUUUCACAAGCGUACAUGCUAAACAUAUAAAGAAAAAUAUUCCAUAUGGUGCUCUUGUAAGAGCAAUCAGAUAUUCUUCUACGUAUAAUGCCUUCAAACAUGAAGAAGCUCAUAUAUGCAUGUCAUUGCUACUUAAUAAAUAUCCUAUAGAAAUUAUUCUUAAACAAUUUGAAAGAGUCCUACAGACAUUUCAAUGCGCAGCGCCUACACAAAAUAACUAUUCUGAAAUAAGAAAGUUUUUGUUAAACGCUGGAGAGAAUUAUACAAAGAAGGCUGGAAUUGAUUUCGAGGUCGACAUCAUGUGUCAUUUCUCUUAUUGUAAAGGAAUGCAUGAUUUUUCGACUCGUUUUCAUAAACUCUGGAACGAUUGUUUUUCAGAUACAGCCAUUUGUAAUAUGAAGCCAAUUCUUGGUUCUAGAAGAUUAGAUAAUCUUCAAGAUUAUCUUGUCAGAAAGAAACCAGAAAAAUCAAUGCUAAAAAUUUUAAAUGAACCACUUACCUGAUGUAUAUUUCAUCAAAAGAACACAUCGCAUAGGUGUACUAAUUUAUAUUCGGAACAUUUCUCUCUGAUAAGAGUUCCAAUCUAAUUAAUACACUUUUCUGGGAUAGGAGUUCUAUUAUUAUAAUAGGAGUUCUAUUAUUAUAAUUAGAACACUUCUCUAAUAUAGAAGUUCUGAUCGAUUUAGAACACUUCUCUAACACACAAGUUCUAAUCAAUUUAGAACACUUCUCUUGUUUGCAGAUAUGUAUAUCUAUGGUUGGUGCAAUCGCAAUAACGUUAACCAAUAACACAAUCGAUGGAUGGUUAUUUUCGGUCCAAGAUCAUACCUAUCUUACGAACAAUGGUCCUUUCUGACCAAAUAGCGCCGUUUUCUCUUUGUUGUUCGUUUUUCACCAGUAAUUAGAGAGGUCCAUUCGACCAUCUAUUUUUCUUGUCAAUCUUAUAGG